CUCUACUGUAGAGGAUACAUGUACUGUUUAUAUAAAGGAGGAAGAUGUAAAGGUGGAAAUUAUUGAAACUAAAGAUGAAGACAAUUCUCUAAGAUUGGCAGGGAGAAACAUAAAGAGGAAAUUAGGAGAAAGGAAAUAUUCUUGUGAUAAAUGUGAGUUCGCCACAUCUAUUAAAAGAGAUUUAAAAAGACAUUUCUCUCAGAAACAUAAGAAAGUUAAGGAAUUAAGUUAUUCCUGUGAUCAAUGUGAGUACACAGCAACCAAAGUGGGUAAUGUCAACAAACAUAAAAAGAUCAAACAUGAACGAGUGAGAUAUCUUUGUGAUAAAUGUGAGUAUGCUGCAACAACAGUAUAUGAUCUCAGAACACAUAUCGAAAGUAAACAUGAAGGAGUGAGAUAUUCUUGUGAUAGAUGUGAAUUCGCCUCAACUAGACCAAUACAUCUUAAAAGACAUAUUGAGAAUAAACAUGAAGGCAUAAGAUAUCCUUGUGAUAAAUGUGAGUACACUGCAUCGGACUCAAGUAAUUUAAGAAGACAUAUCAAGAAUAAACAUGAAGGAGUAAGAUAUCCGUGUGAUAAAUGCGAAUAUGCUGCAACGGACGCAAAUAAUUUAAAAAGACAUAUUAAGAAUAUACAUGAAGAAUUGUGAUAUCCUAGUAAGAAAUGUGACUUUAAUCCGCGAAUUUUAUUGUUUUACCAUGUACAUAUACAAAGAGAAAUGUUCGGUCAAUUGAAAUAGAAGAUGGCAGCUAAGCGCCCUGAAAGCCUAGUAUAUACAAUAUACAUUGUUUGUCUUGUUUGUUUGUAUCCAAUAAACGUCAAAAUGGCUGAACCGAUCGGGUCCAAAUUUUGUGUGCCUAGAAUCAAUAUAUGUUAUUUAUACUGUGUU